UGGCCGGCAGGCAGAGCUGCUGUUAGUGACGUCAGUGCGUAGCCGUGUGAGCCAGUCAGCCAGUGUUGUAUCAGUCCUUGUCUUGCUCUCGGAGUCUCGGUCAGCCACAGCGAGGACGCGGGCAAUGUCGUCACGAUUACGUGAUCUCACGGACAGAACGCUGCCUUGGAUAGCAGCGAGUGGCCGGCUAGGAAAAAGUGAAGUGAAGUUUGUCAAAUGUGUCUUCGACGACGGUUCUUCGGGCGAGGCCCAGUUCGCGUCUUCGGUGUGUUUCUUAGUGGCAGAGUUUGAGAAUAAUCGGGGGCUUGUGAAACAGCCGAUGCUGGUAAAGUACAAUAUGGACGAUGAGUUGACCCGAAAUUGGCUAUGCUUAAACGAACAGUUCCGGAAUGAAGUACUUGUGUACGAAAAUGUCAUUCCAUUCUUGGAUAGAGACAACACAAUGAUAAGUAUAUUCCCUCGGUACUUCUACGGCUCGGCAGGUGAAAGUGACGAUCCAUCUCAAUACACAAUAAUUCUUGAAGAUUUAAGAAGUUCUGGGUUCAAGUUGAGCCCUGAGAUCCUUGAUUUAGACUACGCUCACUGUGCACUCGCUUUUAGAAAACUGGGUGUUUUCCAUGCUUUAUCUUUUGCAGCCAAACAGUCAAAUCCGAAGGAGUUUACAAACAUUGUAGAUAGCCUUAUAGAAUCAAGAUUGUUGGAACGCAACAGUGAGAGCUAUGACUAUCUCUAUUUAAGAUCUUUAGACAGAGCUGCAGAACCUCUUUUAAAAAAUGGUGAGAAGGUUGAUGAAAUAAACAAUUUAAAAAAUAGAGUAAAGAAUAUUUAUGUUUAUUUUAAAAAUAUAUUAACAGUUCAAGAACCUAUGGGUGUAAUUUGUCAUGGUGACUUCUGCAGGAAUAAUGUUCUUUACAAAUAUGAAAAUGGUAGUCCAGUAGAUAUUAGGUUCUUUGACUUGGCUACUGCAAGAUAUGGCUCUCCCAUGCUAGACUUUACUUUCUUCUUUUUUCUAAAUUGUUCUGAGAAAUCACGGAAACUUUACAAAGAUGAGUACCUGAAAAUCUAUCACGAGUCUCUGUCAACAGCCAUACCUGGUGUGGAGGUUCCUUCCUUGGAGGAUUUCAAAGAGGAAUUUCGUUGUAAAGCCGUCUAUGGUUUCAUGAUUUGUUUGUUCUUUAAGCCUGCCUUAAUGUCUUCUAAACCUUUCAAUCCAGUGAAGGAGUCACGUGAGUCUGUGGAAGUUCGAGCAAGGAGGAUUGUCACUAAUGGAGGAGAAAAGGGAACUGAAGUUAUUGCCAACAUGUUGCAAGAGAUGAUUGAACUGAAAUAUGAACUAUAAGCUUUCUUCUCUAUUGCAAGUUUUAAAAAGAAUAAUAUGGCAAGUAUUUACUAGGUAUGUAUCUUUAAAUGUAUAAAUGACAAGAAGAACAAAUGUACACUUUUAUAUUUAAAUAUAUACUAUAUUGAGUUUUGUUACUGUUAAUAAUUAAAUAUAUACAAAUUUA